AAGAAAUAACUGAAAUGCUACGUAUAGGGUUGAAAAUACACAGGGUGGAACCACUUUCACUGUGAUUUACAAUACCUGAAAAAGAAAAAUGUCAAAGGAAUAAGAUAAAGCUUUUUAACUGGAGUUUACUUUUCCAUCAGAGAUUCUAGACGAUUUCAAGUAGUAUCAAAUGAAGAUUUAACCUGACUUUACAGAUUAGGGACCACUUGAGAGGCAAGGAACACAAAGUGCACACGAUGGAUGCAGCAGGAUCUAGGAAGGUUCUGUCAUACAUUUUCAAUGUGUCCCUGGUGCUCCUCUGCGCCAACUGCUACACAAUCACGGAUGCAUACAACAGCAAGAAUGAAAUAACAAAAGAUGUGUGUGGUUGCCUUCAGGGUCCCCCUGGGAUUCCUGGAACACCUGGAGUGCCAGGGAUGUAUGGGCAUAGAGGCGAGGCGGGGAGUAAGGGAGAGAAGGGGGAAAAAGGAGAGGAAGGACCAUAUGGAUUGAAAGGUGAAAUAGGUUUUGAUGGACCUAUGGGGCCACCAGGUCCAGAAGGCAAGCGUGGCCGACGUGGAAGUAAGGGAGAUCAAGGACCACUGGGAGAGCCUGGAAAAAUUGGACAAAAGGGUGAAAAGGGAGACACCAUCAUCCAUAACCUGCGAGUUAAAAAAAUUGCAUUUUCAGUGUCCAGAAGUCAGAAGCUGGGACCCGUGUUGCAAGACACUCCUGUGACUUAUGAUAAAAUUUUCACCAACGUUGGCAACAGUUUUGAAGAAAGCUCCUCCCACUUCAUAUGCAAAGUCAAUGGGACCUAUCUCUUCCAUGUUCACGUCCUGGGCCAGCCCAAAAAAGAUGCUUUUGCAUGGAUAAUGAAGAAUAAAAUCCACCAGGUGGCUAUGCAUGGUGAUGGGAGAGCUGGUCAUGGCACAGGUAGUAAUACCAUCAUACUCUCCCUUCGACAGGAUGACCAUGUUUGGGUCAAACUGGUCAAGGAAUCGGCGGUCAUGAAUGACUACACCACUUUCUCAGGUCAUUUAAUUUUUGAUGACUGAGAUGUUCUGAACAGUAAUGAAAUAUUUUUUAGGUCACUCUUCAGCUGACCAGGAGAUUUUUGGGGUUUAUUGUAAAAUUAUAAGGUAAAUUCUUUACCAUAAAUAUUCAGUUUUAGAUUGCACAAACUUUUAGGAAUUCAAGGAUGAGUGAAUGUUUUAAUAAACAAAUAUCUAGUCUUUAAGCUGAAGGUGGCUGGUAUUUUUUGCUUCUUUAUUUCAAUCUAUCUUCUGAACAUCACCAAGGUAUUGAACUAUGUAUCCGCAGCAAUAAACUGUUCUGUCAGUAUAUUUUUAAAAUAUCCUUAUUAUUUUUUGAAAACAAGUAUUUUCUUUACAUUUACCCAGAUUGUGGCUGGGUAGAUCAGUAGUUUUGUAGAUGAAUUUACUGUUUCAACACUAUAUUAUAACCAACAUUUCGACUCUUUUCCGUGGAAGGAAAAUAAAGGCAAU